AUGACUGUGAGUACGACGAAGAAAACACACGACCCGUUUGUGAUAAUUCGUGGCCGUGAUUAUCUCAAGUUGAUAUCUCGUGGUAUGUUUGUUACGAAUGCGUCAAAGAUAUUCCAAGAUGAUGUGUACUGUGAGGUUAUAAAGAUUGGUGGAGUGGUUCGUAAUAAGGAUAGAUUUGUGCGACGAAGACAACGACUUAUUGGCCCUAAUGAAAGUACAUUAAAAGCUAUGGAAGUUUUAACACGAUGUCACAUCGUUGUGGCUGGUCAGACAGUUGCAUGUCUGGGUGAUUGGAAAGGAAUAAAAAGAGUUCGCAAGAUUGUGCUUGAUUGCAUGAAUAAUAUACACCCUAUAUAUUCUCUUAAAACACUUAUGAUCGAGAGGGAGCUAGCAAGGAAUGAACAAAUGAAAAAUAAGGACUGGCAACCCUACAUACCUCAUUUCAAAAAAAUUCGAUCCCAAACCGAUGAUGUGAAAGUGAAGAAGAAGAAGUCCUUCGAUCAUGCCAAUG